AUGUCUAUCAAUAAGGAGAAACAAAAAAUUAUAAAUGAAAUUAAUAAUGAACCAAAGGAUAAUAUUAGUAGUGGAGAUAAUAAUAUUAUUAAAAUAAGAGAAACAGAGGGUAAUAAUGAAGAUUGUACAGAUAUACCAACUCCAACUCCUAUUCCCAUAAUUGAUGUUGAAUUAAUAUCACCAUUACCAUCACCACCACCACCACCAACAACAAUAGAUAAUAAUAAUAAAACUACUCCUAUAAUAACACCACAAUUAAUUGAUUUUGAUUUACCAUCAUCUGCUACAAUUUUACAUUCACCUUUUACAAAUUCAACAAUUAUAUUAAUUGGAUCAGUUCAUAUUCAUAAAGGUAGUUCAGAUGAAGUUUCAGAAAUUAUUAGAAAAUGGAAACCAGAUACAGUUUUUGUUGAAUUAUGUUCAAGUAGAGCAGGUAUAAUAUUUAAUACAAACAAUGAUGAUAGUGAUUACUAUUAUAAUAAUAAUAAUAAUAAUAAUAAAAAUAAUAAUACAAGUAAUAAAUCAAAGAGAACUAAAAAGAUAUUAGAUGGUAGAACCAAAUCAGUUUAUAGUAGAAGGUUACCACAAAGAGAGAAACAACAUUUCCUAUCAGAUUUAGAUGAUGAUCAAUUUAGUUCAGCAAGUACAAGUAAAUUUGUAUUAGAAACCGAAAUUCAAGAUAUUGAUAUAGAAGAUAUGACUCAAGAAGAUAAUGAACUUUAUACAAGUGAAGAAACUGAACAAGAUGAAAACUUUGAUGAUGAUGAUGAUUAUUAUGGUUUUGAUUAUCUUGAUCAUAAUGAUAAUAAUAUAAAUCAUUUAAUGAACCAACCUAGAAAUUUUAAUUUUUAUUUAUAUGAUGAUGAUAAUGAUUUAAUUGAAGAAAAUAAUAAUAAUAAUAAUAAUAAUAAUAAUAAUAAUAAUAAUAAUAAUAAUAAUAAUAAUAAUAAUAAUAAUAAUAAUAAUAAUAAUAAUAAUAAUAAUAAUAAUAAUAAUAAUAAAAAUAAAAAUAGCGAUAAUUUAAAAACAACAAAAUUAAUAAAUAAUAAUUUUAAAAAUAAUAUAUUUAAUAGCGAUAAUAAUAAUAAUAAUAAUAAUAAUAAUAAUAAUAAUAAUAAUAAUAAUAAUAAUAAUAAUAAUAAUAAUAAUAAUAAUAAUAAUAAUAAUAAUAAUAAUUUUAUUAAUAAUAUAAAUUUAAAUAAUAGUGAAUUUAAUUAUUCAUCAGAUGCAGAUGAUGAAAGAUCACAUUCAUCAUUUGAAUCAAUAACAACUUUUACAACUCAAACAUAUAUAGAUAACGAGGAAGAAGAAGAAGAAGAUAAUGAAGAAGAAAAUGAAGAAAAUAAUGAAGAAAUUAAAAAUGAUAGUCAAGAAUCAAUAUCAAUUAAAGAUAUUAUAAGAAUAAUAAAAUGUAAUGGAUUAUCAGGUGUAUUACAUAUAUUGAUAGCGAAAUUAAUUAAUAAAGCUGGUAAAAAAAGUAAAGUUGGACCAGGAUCAGAAUUUAUAACUGCAUUUUUAGAGGCAAGAAAAAUUGGAUCAUUAGUAGUUUUAGGUGAUAGACAAGUUGGAAUCACUUUGCAACGUGUUUGGAAUUCAUUAAGUUGGUUAGAGAAAAUUAAAUUUGUAUUUUAUUUAUUUAUGGCGUCACUCUCUGAGAUAACAACCGAAGAAAUUGAUGCCAUUAAAAAUAGUAGUGAUGAAUUGGUGAAUAAAUUAUUAAAUGAAUUUCGUGGUCGUUUCCCUUCGGUAGUUCAUACAAUUGUAACUGAAAGAGAUCAAUAUAUGGCUGCUCGUUUAAGAAUGUGUCCUGGUAAAAAAAUUGUUGCUGUUGUUGGUAAAGGUCAUAUUGGUGGUAUAAUAAGAGAAUGGGAAAAUAAUAAUAUAAAUUUAUUUGAAUUAGAAAGUGUAAAUAUAAUUAAAAAAUCAAAUUUAAAUAAUAAUAAUAAUAAUAAUUCAAAUAAUAAUUUCAAUAAACAAAAUCAACAACAACAACAACAACAACAACAACAACAAUCAUCAAAAAGUUCUUGGUCUACUGUAACAAAGUGGGCUUCUUUAAUUUUAAUACCAAUUGGAAUAGGUUUAUACUUUUUUAAUAAAAAGUUUAAUUUUAUUUAA